CUGGAGGAGGAGGGCCCGACCUGGCCCCUCCUAGAGAAGCUCCCCGGGGUUGUACUCCAGGAACCCGCCCCCGCGCCUGGCCAGAGGGACACUGGACUGUGGCAUUUGUCCAGCCGCUCCUUAAGGGGAGAAUGGCCAUGGGGCCUACAGGCUUAGUCUCUGACCCUGGGGACGCUCAGCCCAGGCCUACCCCAGCGCCAACAGUCAGGGGGCAGCAAAUUUUUAACUAGACACACUGAUCAUUAACAAGGGUAGGAAGGAGUGUAAACUCCGUGUCACACAGGGGCAGAGACCAGCUGGGCCUCAGGCCUCUCGCAGAGAUGCUGGGCCGUGGAAUCUGGUCCUCUGUGAGGCAGGGGCUGAGCAGGGGCUUGUCCAAGAAGGUGGGGGGUUGGGCCUCGGGGGAGGGGAGGAAGGUGGACAUUGCAGGCAUCUACCCCCCUGUGACCACCCCCUUCACUGCCACGGCAGAGGUGGACUAUGAGAAACUGGAGGAGAAUCUGCACAAAUUGGGUACCUUCCCCUUCCGAGGCUUCGUGGUCCAGGGCUCCAAUGGCGAGUUUCCCUUCCUGACCAGCAGUGAGCGGCUGGAGGUGGUGAGCCGAGUCCGCCAGGCCAUGCCCAAGGACAAACUCCUGCUAGCCGGCUCCGGCUGCGAGUCCACUCAAGCCACCGUGGAGAUGACUGUGAGCAUGGCCCAGGUUGGGGCUGAUGCUGCCAUCGUGGUGACCCCUUGCUACUAUCGUGGCCGCAUGAGCAGUGCGGCCCUCAUUCACCACUACACUAAGGUCGCUGACCUCUCCCCCAUUCCUGUGGUGCUCUACAGCGUCCCAGCCAACACGGGGCUGGACCUGCCCGUGGAUGCGGUGGUCACGCUCUCCCAGCACCCAAACAUCGUGGGCAUCAAGGACAGUGGUGGUGACGUGACCAGGUUGGGGCUGCUGGUUCACAAGACCAGGAGGCAGGACUUUCAAGUGUUGGCUGGAUCGGCUGGCUUCCUGCUGGCCAGCUAUGCCGUGGGAGCUGUGGGGGGCGUGUGUGCCCUGGCCAACGUCCUGGGGCCUCAGGUGUGCCAGCUGGAGCGACUGUGCCUCACAGGGCAAUGGGAAGAUGCCCAGAAACUGCAGCACCGCCUCAUUGAGCCGAACACUGCGGUGACCCGGCGCUUUGGGAUCCCCGGGCUGAAGAAGACCAUGGACUGGUUUGGCUACUACGGAGGCCCCUGCCGUAGCCCCUUGCAGGAGCUGAGCUCCACGGAUGAGGAGGCCCUGCGUAUGGACUUCAGCAGUAAUGGCUGGCUCUGAGGGCAGGUGCCUGGCCUGAGCCCAUCUCAGCUUCCUGCCCUGUACCUGCAGCUGAAGAGGCACAUGGGGGUAUGAGAUUUCAAAGCCUGUUUUCCUACUUCAGUCCUCUAGGGAGCCUCUCCCAGGCUCUGCCAUGCACACCCAUUUCCUAUUCUCGCAGCCCCAUGAACCGUUGGCAUUUGUAGCCUCAACUCUGGCUCUCUAGAGACCUUCAGUCUGGGGAGGAGCAAUUGCUUGUCCCUCUCCUGUGCCUUCCUGUGCCCCGCGACACGUGACCGGGAACCAGCCGGCAUGAGCAGGGGGCAACUGGGGCAAAAGUAAGGUCAUGUAUUUUACUGAUGGGAUGGCCGCUUAGACUUGGGGGUACACACCUAAGCCCAGCACAGUGCAGCAGGGAGCCAGGGCUCUUCCUAAGAACCUGACUCCUUCCAGAGGAACGAGGGGGUGCGGUUCGGAAACCUAAUCAGAAAAGCGUCUCUGGCCUUUGAAAGGCCCCCAAGUUACAUUCCAGACACAGUGCCUUUCCUAAACCCAUUUUGAUCAUCUCAUAUUCUCAUCUCUAGCCUUGAUCUCAACUGUAGAGAGCAUGGAGCUGGCCCAGGGCCUUGCCAGAGUUGGUAAAUAAUGACACCUGGUGGAUAAAUGUUACAUUUUAGACUUCUAGUCAACCUGGUCUGAAACAUUAGGGAAAGAGACUUGGUCUCAGACCUGGCCAUCUUCUUGCCUUAGGCACUGUGCUUUCUUUGUUAAAAAUAAUACUUUGUUCUUACAAUAAAGUUGAAUAACUGAAAACAGUGUGGCCUUGUACAAAUUGACACCUCGCUGCCAUGUAGGUCUUAGGUUUCCUGCCUGGAUGUCAAGAAUUGCCUAGAAGCAAUUUAACUUUCAAGGUCUGCUUUCUCCCGGCUCUGAGGGAGGCCCUAGCAAUCUACAGCAAAGAAGGUAUUAGAUCAGUGGUGGCCUAGGGGAAAGGCUUGUUGAAGUUCUGGGUGGGAGGUAGGAGGCAAAAAUGUUCAACUAAGAUAUUUAGAAACACCUUAGCACAUUAGCCAAAAAGGCUGCUUUCUCCAGAAAUGUUUAACCUUAUUCAGUGAUACUUAACUAGUGGCAGUAAACCAGAGAUGAAUGUUUUUAAAAUUACUCUGGCUAAAAAGAAAGGUAAACAGAUCCUUGUUUAGGACAAAGGCUAGAGGAGAGAAUAUAAAAGGUAUUGAUCUUCAACUGAAAUUGGCCAUCAGAAUGGUACUGAAGCUUGGGACUUAGCACCUGGGCUCUUCUCACAGGCAACAUCCAGAAGAUCUGGGCUCAGAGGAGAAUCCAGCUUAGGGAUGGGGCAAAAAUUGAGGGCUUGGGAGGCUGGCUGGUGUACUGGUAAAGCACUCAGCCUCUGGGCUUACGUUAAGCAGGCCUGGGUUUAAGUUCUCAGACCUGCCCCUUAGGGUUGGUGGGACCUUGGGCAACUACUUAAGUGCCUGAUCUGAUCUGUAACUUGGGGAUUAUAACAGUUCCUUUCUCCCAGGGCUCCACAAGAUCACGCAUG